AUGGAAAGUAUUGACCUUGAACCCGACCACUCCAAGACGUUGCCGCCGCCCGUCACGAGCCAUGAGAAGAGUUGGUCUCAGUCUGCCAAGGACAGUGCUAAAGAUGUCUUCAAGCGCUUCACCACCAAGGACGGCCUUAUCGGCUCAGUCGACUACAAAUAUUUAUUCACGCCUACUAUGCCGUUCACCAAGAAGAAAGGAAACCCCCCUCCCUUCUUUGGUGUAUAUGACAAGAUGCCUCUUUUGCUCGCUUGUCUUCUGGGACUGCAGCACGCCCUCUCCAUGAUGGGUGGUCUGGUCGCUGCUUCUCUGCUUUUCGCUCAAAUGGCGUCGUUGUCUAACGGCUACACUGAGUAUAUGGUUUCGGCCAGUUUGAUUUCAGCCGGAAUUCUGUCGUUUGUUCAGAUCAAGCGUUUCAGAAUCCCUUAUACUCACUACUACAUUGGAACUGGUACAGUCUCUGUACUAGGUACUAGUUUCUCUACUGUCCCUGUCUUUGGCACUGCUCUUCCUAUCAUGUACAAGAACGGAUUCUGCCCUGUGGCCGAAGACGGCACACACCUCCCUUGCCCUGACGCCUAUGGUGCCUUCCUGGGAACGGCAGCGCUUUGUGCUUUGCUUGAAAUCCUGCUGUCGUUCACACCUCAGAAAAUCCUGCUCAAAGUUUUCCCGCCUAUCGUCAAUGGUCCUGUGGUUCUGUUGAUCGGUACCUCUCUCCUUCAGUCAGGUAUGCAGGAUUGGGCAGGUGGAGGCGGAUGCAUGAGUAAGGGUGCCAUGUGUCCAAGUGCUGACGCACCUCAUCCUCAUCCUUGGGGGUCUGGUCAAUUUAUUGGUUUGGGUUUUAGCGUAUUUGUGACUAUUCUCAUUUGCGACAAAUGGGGACCUCCUUUCAUGAAGUCUUGCUCUAUUGUUGUGGGCCUGUUGGUAGGGUGCAUUAUCGCUGCUGCAUGCGGCUAUUUCAGUCACCAGCAGAUCGAUGCAGCCCCUGCCGGCCAGUUCCUAUGGGUAAAGACAUUCAAGUUGCAAUUAUAUGGCCCUAUUGUGUUACCUAUGCUCGCCGUGUACAUUGUUUGUACCAUGGAGUCUAUUGGUGACAUCACUGCUACCUGCGAUGUUUCCCGCGUGGCCAUCGAGGGUACUGAGUUUGAGUCUCGUAUCCAGGGCGGUUUGCUGGCCAGUGGUUUGGCCUCGGUUGCUGGUGCUCUCAUGACCCUGCAGCCCCAGUCCUCCUUUGCUCAGAACAACGGUGUUAUCGCCAUGACCCAGUGUGCAGCCCGCUACUCUGGCUAUUUUGCCUGCUUCUGGCUGGUGCUGAUGGGAGUCGUCGGUAAGUUCAGUGCCUCUAUUGUUGCUAUUCCUAGCUCCGUCAUUGGUGGCAUGACUACUUUCCUAUUCACAUCCGUCGCCGUCUCCGGCUUGCGUCUUAUUUCCGUUGCCAAGUUCACUCGUCGUGAUCGUGUUGUCCUCACCAUCUCGUUGAUGUGGGGAUUUGCUUCUUUGCUGGUUCCCAACUGGUUCGAGGGCAUCUUCACCUACAAGGGUGACAACAAUGGCUUGCAAGGAUUUAUUGAUGCUUUGAUUAUUGUUGUCCAAACACCUUACGCUAUUGGCGGUAUCGCCGGCGUUAUUGCCAACCUUAUGUUCCCUCCCUGCGACGACAUGGACAUCCAUGCCGGCAAAACAGUUCAUGAAAUUGAGAACGAGGAGGCUGAGUGCAGCACCAACUAUGAAGUUGAGGAGCUCACUGGGGUCACUGCUGUGGAAAGCGCCGGCCCCCACAAACAAGACCUCUAA